AAAAGUUGCAAAACAAGCUUGUAACACUCAAGCAUCUUUUACUUUCAUUAAACGUCCUGCUAAUUUACACUGUUAUCUAAGUGUUUUCUCCGCUAGCGUAGCUCCUAGCUUACUUUCCUGCUAUGGCUUCCCCCUUUUCCUCUCCCUCUCGCUCUGUUCGGUGCUCGGUGUGUCUUAUGUUUAGCUUAUCCUCCGCCUCCUUUAGUGAUGGUAAUGGUAUCUGUAAUAGGUGUACGCUAGUUGCAGGGUUGGAGGCGAGGUUGUUAGACUUAGAGUCUAGGCUUCGCACUUUAGAAAACAGGCCAGCUAGCCAGGUCCCUUUAGCCGGUGCGGAGCCUCCUAGCUUAGCUGCUACCAGUCCCCCGGCAGGUCCCAGGCAGCUGGGCAACGACUGGGUCACGGCUCGUAAGAAACGUAGCUUUAGGCAGGCGCCCACGGUUCACCACCAACCGCUUCACGUUUCAAACAGAUUUUCCCCACUCAGCGACACACCCGCUGAAAAACCCACUCUGAUCAUUGGUGACUCCAUAGUCCGAAACGUGAAGUUAGAGAAUCCAGCGGUCAUAGUUAGGUGUUUGUCUGGGGCCAGAGCGGGCGACAUUGAGUCUUAUCUUAAGCUCCUGUCUAAGGAUAAGCGUAAGUACGCUAAGAUCGUAAUACACGCAGGAGCUAAUGACGCCCGGUUACGCCAAUCGGAAGUCACUAAAACUAACAUUGAGUCGGUGUGUUCGUUCGCCAAAACAAUGUCGGACUCCGUAGUUUUCUCUGGACCCCUCCCCAAUGUGACCAGCGAUGACAUGUAUAGCCGGCUGUCAAUGCUCCACCGCUGGUUGUCUAGGUGGUGUCCUGCAAACGAUGUGGGCUUUGUGGCUAAUUGGAGCACUUUUUGGGGAAAACCUGGGCUGAUUAGAAGAGACGGCGUCCAUCCCACGUUGAACGGAGCCUCUCUGCUCUCUAGUAACAUGGCCAUGUUGCUUAGUCCCCCCACUGCUUGACAACUCAGAGUGGAGCCCAGGACGCAGAGUCGCAAUCUUACACGCCUCUCUGCACGUUCUCUACAGCCGCGACCCACUCUUAGUCUUAGUUAUCGCAUAGAGACUGUGUCUGCUUCUCGACCACCUAAACUAUACAAGUCACAAACAAAUCAAAGAGGAGUGACUUACCAGAAUUUAAUAAACAUCAAAACAGUUCCUCUUACGGAACAAAGUAACAGUAAGCUAAUAAAGUGUGGUUUAUUAAAUAUCAGAUCUCUCUCAUCUAAAUCCUUUUUAAUAAAUGACUUGAUAAGUGACCAUCACAUAAAUCUGUUCUGUCUCACUGAAACCUGGCUGCAGCAGGAUGAAUAUGUUACUUUAAAUGAGUCGACUCCAAUGAGUCACAUCAACUAUCAUGUUCCAAGAAGUACAGGUAGAGGUGGAGGAGUAGCAGCAAUUUAUAACUCAGAUUUAUUAAUUACUCCUAAACCUAAACAUAGUUAUAACUCAUUUGAGAGCCUCACUCUGAGCCUUUCUCACCCAGACUCUAAAACUCAGAAACCAGUUGUGUUUUGUAUUGUUUACCGUCCUCCUGCUCCAUAUUCAGAGUUCUUAACUGAAUUCUCUGAAUUCUUAUCUGACUUAGUUCUUAGCACAGAUAAAGUCAUUGCAGUGGGAGACUUUAACAUUCAUGUAGAUGUUGACAGCAACUGUCUCGGCACUGCUUUUAACUCCGUAAUAGACACUAUUGGUUUUACACAGCAGGUAAAUGAACCCACUCAUCGUUUUAACCACACCCUAGAUCUUGUCCUAACAUAUGGGGUUGAAAUUGAUAAUUUAAUAGUUCUUCCCCAAAACCCUCUGUUAUCUGACCAUUUCUUAUUAAGUUUUGAAUUUAGCACAACUGACCCUAUAACAGCUGGAAAGAAAUGUUACUAUAGCAGAUGUUUAUCUGACAAUGCUG